GCGCGCCUUUGUGUCAGAUACGGGUUAGUUUCAUCUCCAAUGUUGUCCAAAUAACAUUUCUGUGAUAUAUAAAACCCUAAUUUUUUCCGAUUACACAAUCACAAUUGCCCCCUUGCAUUACCAGUUCCAGCUGUAAAUAAUGAAUUUUUCAAAUGUACCGAAAGAACUCUCCCAUCUGAACGUGUUCUUAAGAUGUGCUUCGGAUCAUUCGGCGAAAAAUCCCAUUAUCACAUACUACUGUCUCCUGCAUGCAUUUCAAAAAGGUUUAAGUAUGACUCAAAAAUCACCCCCUAUCAAGGCAUUUUUGACAACUCUCAUGGAUAAGUUAGAAGAAUUGAAGAAAAAUAAUUCUAACUGUGAAGAAAUUGCGAAUGAAACUGUUGGGAUUCCUUAUGUUGAACAGUAUGCCCUCAAGUUGUUUGAUGCUGCUUACCAGAGGGAUAUAAACUGCGACUUCGGACCUGCUACUGUAAAAUUAUUUCUUUCAGCUGCUACACUCUUAGACGUUGUUUCUGGAGUUGGAGAAGUAGGUGAUGAUAUCGAAAAGACCAGGAAGUAUGCCAAAUGGAAGGCCGUUUACAUCAGCAAAUGCUUGAAAUCUGGCGAAGUUCCAGUAGGUGGUCCUAUUGCUAACACCGAAGCUGCCUACACCCCAAAUAUUUCUGGACUAAUAAAUGCAAACAAUCUCUGCAACAAUGAAACAAAUCAACAACCUCAUGAAGUCCCCACCACUUGCAUACCUGAACAACCGCCUAGUCCUGAUCCAUCUGCAUCUGAUAAUAAUAUUACAACAAGAAAUUGGUUGAACGUAGAAAAAAAUAUCAAAUGUGCAUUGAGUGCAUCAAAUUAUCAGGAUAGAGAAACAACCGUGAAAUACUUGAAGCAAGCGUUAAAAUCACUUGGAGUUGAUGUCUAAAUCUUAAAACGGUGUUUUAACUUUUAAUUUACAGUGCACAGAUGUAUUUUAUAGUGAUUGGAACAUUGUCCCUUUUAUGUGAUAGUUUUUGAGAAUUUAUUACUGAUAUUUUAACAAAAUAAGCUACAAUUAUUAUGAUGGUAAGAAGAACACAUAUCGUUCUGAUUCUAUUUACGUCCAAUUUUUAAAAUGAAAAUACAUCGAAUAAGUAAUUCUAUGGGUUGUGUUUAGUUGAGGCAUUUUAUUUCUUGAGACUGUCACAUUGGUUCAGGGGAUUUAACUUCAUUACUUUUCUAUAUGCUUAAGAGUAGUGAACUUUUUUGGUAUCGGAUAAAAAACCCAGUAAAUAAUCUGUUGAACAAAUUGUGUAUCUAUCUGGUUCUUUAUAAUAGCUAGAGCUCCGGAUUUAGUGUUUCUUAUUAUCUUUGAACUACUGCUUUAUGGAUUAAGUUGUAAAUGAAAGAGGUAAAAAAUAUUGUGCGUAUGUUACAGGCAAUCUGUAAAAAAUUAUUUUUACCUGGUUUGUGAUCAAC